AGACAUCCCUGCAGGGAGAAUGAAUCUCACAUCUUCCAACAUCGACAGAGACGAACGAGGCCCGGACGGCUAAAGCUAUCACUUCACCUCAAAGAAUGGUCCCAUGAAUACGGAUACCGUUGCUACACCUGCAGCACCGCUAAACAGAAGGCACAAACCACGCUCUUCCCUAGCCUGCUUGCCCUGCCGCUCACGGCACCUGAAAUGUGAUGGAGUUCGACCGUAUUGUAGCCGGUGUACCGUAGCCGCCCAGAAAUGCCAGUACACUCAGUCGCGAAGAGGUGGCCUCGACCGUGCCGCUCUUGCUGAGCGACGCAAAAGGCUCGCGGCCACGGGAUCGGGAGCGACUCAGGCAGAAUCGGCCGACAUCUUGAGUCCACUACAACAAUCCUCUCGGGCUCACCGGCAUCAGGAACAUCCACCACCGCGACUGCCUGGCGACGACGUCGAACCAGACAUCACCAACGACUAUGGCCUGAGUGGUGAGUCGUCGAAUGCAGGGUCACCAAGCUCGCCCCGAAUAGACAUUGGCGACGACAUUGAAGGAGAUCCUUUGAUCGCUUCGUACUACAAGAACUUUCAUAAAUUUCACCCACUUGUCUUGCCACAUAAGCACUUGACGCGAAUCCACCGGACCCCAAGCAUAAAGCUGAAUCUGAGACCUCUCGUCGCCAUACUUCGCCUCAUCGGUCACAUCUACAGCUCUCGAGAAUGGUCGACGUCUCUCAGGGAUCAUGUCGAGAGUUGUUUCGCGGCAGCUUCGCCUGCGGACCCGAUCAUGGUGCAAUGCCGAACACUGUAUUCCAUAGCGUUGUUCUGGAACAAUUACAAGGACGAAUCCAAGAGGGAAAUGGACGCCGCCGUUCGACUGGGACUCGAUCUGCAAAUGUUUCGACAGGACUUUGCAGAAAAGCACGGCUCGCAAGAUGCCGUACUAACAGAGUGCUGGAGACGGACGUGGUGGACCCUGUACAUGGUCGACGCCUUUUAUGCCGGAACCCUUGGAACCAUGAAUUUCGCCACUGUGGAUGUCGUCGCCACUGUCGACUUGCCAUGCGAGGAGUGGGAGUAUGAGCAAGGGCAAAUCCCCGAGCCACCCAAGACGCUACAAGAUUUCGAUUGCCGCGACCUGGCUCCAGAAUCAACCUCCUUUUCGUCCUUUGCCUAUCUCAUUGGUGCCGUACGAUGUGCCGCACUGGCGAUAUCCACAGCACCAAAGGUGGCGACGAGCGAAUGCUCCCAGCAGAUUCUCCAGGCCGCCGAUGCCGUCAUCAAUGGAUGGCUCCUUUUAUUGCCCAAGGGUGAUCGGAAACAGGUCCUGAGUAAAACUGGGGAGUUGGAUGAACUCAUGUUUCAAGCACACCUGUUGAUUCACGUCGCAACUGUCGGCCUCCACAGACCAUUAUCAGAUCUCAAGUUCAACGCGAUAGAAUGGAUCUCGACUUGUGCCCGAGCGCCUCCCCGCGAAACACCCACCACGGAACUCAUCAAUGUGCAUACGGUGCGAGUCUUGAAAUCGACAGAAGCGCAGAUUCGCCUUUUGGCGUUGCCGACCGAGAAACAAUUCCACCACAGUCCCUUUACCACCUGCAUGGUCAGCGAAGGAACCCUGGCGCUGCUCUCGGGUUGUAAGUUUUUGUUCAAAGGGAAAGAACUCGCCAUCGCCAGAGAUCAGAUCCGUAUGACCAUUGGGUGCCUCAAGGUCCUGGGUGAGUUGUGGCCCAGGACGGCCAAGAACGUGCAAGAAAUCCAAAUCAUCGCUCGACAUGCUCUCGGGUUGGUGGCGGGGCCCAGACCCCAGGCUGCGGCGAUGACGACAACGACGACCACCACCACCACCAAGCCAGACGACAGUGUACUUGGAAACAGUCAAGUUCCAAGUCUUUCUUCAAGCAGCGACCAGGGUGGUGGUCAAACGACGAAUGAGGGAUCCGACGUAGUAGAUCCGUUGUCUAGCGACUUCGAUAUAUUUGCUUCCUUAGGAUCUAUGGAGGAUGUUUGCGGAUGGUAUAAUAAUUCGAACGAUUUUGGUCAAGACCUCUCUUGGUGGACAGACAACAACCCUCUAUGAACAGCCUGACUCAGUCUGUGUGAGUCUGGCUUGACGAUAAAAUGUAUAUGGUUCACACCUGGGUGGUCUAUGGACUCUUUGGGUUUGAUUUUCUUGUUGAAAGCCCACUCCGGGGCUGGAUCGCCAACUGUGACGAUAGUUCCACCAUUAUUACUCUUGAGGGUCUUCCAGGUCUUUGUCAAGACUUCUCCUCCUACCGUGUCAAAGACCAAGUCGACAUUGUCAAUAUUGUCUUCCCAGUUUGGGUUGAUGUCGUAGUCGUGUACCUCGUGUACUCCGAGUUGCUUGAGGGCGUCAUGAUUCUUGGAUGAAGCCAGAGCAAUCACCUUGAUGUCGUCACCAUCAAAAAGUUUCAGAGCCAACUGUACCGCCAAUUUUCCGACGGCGCCGGACGCUCCAGUGACGAGGAUUGUCAUACCGGCGGCAAGUUUUCCGUAGUCCACGAGUGCCUCCCAGGCCGUGAGGAUCGGGAUGGGCAACGCCGCGGCUUCGACGUGCGAGAUGGUGGUCGGAUCCAGG